UCCUGUUGGCUACAAAUGUCGUUGUAAAUUUCAUGAUUAUUAUUAAUUUUUCUCUUAUAUGCAAUCCAACACUAUACUAAUAAAGUGUAUAAACACAAAUUUAGCAUCGAAUAAACACAACCACCUUUUGUUUUUCUCUCCAAUAUGUACAAAUUCCAAUAGCGUUACCCCUUAACCCAAAUCAUUAAUUUUGAAACUGAUUUAUCAAAUAACUUGUGUUUUAUACAUGUACCCAUUUCUCUUCAUCAAUCAAAGAUCAAUGGGUAACAUUUUGAUUUUUAUAUUCUUCUCCAUCAUCGUCUCCUCUUAUGGAUACGAUCCGUUGGAUCCUUUUGGCAACAUCACUGUCACAUGGGAUUUCUUGUCUGAUAACGGAGAAACUGUCGAUGUGAGGGUAUCAAUUUACAAUUUCCAACUAUUUCGCCAUGUGGAAGAGCCAGGUUGGAAAUUGAGUUGGGACUGGAGAGGUAAUGAGGUGAUUUGGGCAAUGUUAGGAGCAGAGGCAAUAGAACAAGGGAACUGCACUAGAUUUAGAGGACAACAGAAACCACAUUGUUGUAAAAAACAUCCUGUUAUUAUUGAUCUUAUGCCUGGAACACCAUACAACAUGCAAUCUGCUAAUUGCUGUAAAGGAGGUGUCUUAACAUCAUUGACACAAAAUCAGGCCAAACAUGGUGCCUCCUUCCAAAUGAAUUAUAUGAAAUCAUCAUUCUCAGUUUCAGGUAGCAGCAGCAAUUUUAGUAUGCCAGAAAAUUUCACUUUAGGUAUUCCUGGUUAUAGUUGUGGAACACCAUUUGAAGUCCCUCCUACCAAGUUUACCAAAGAUGGAUAUAGAUGGCAGCAAGUCUUAGAAACAUGGAAUGUGACAUGUAUUUACUCACAGUUUCUAGCAUCACCUUCUCCAAAAUGCUGUGUCUCAUUGUCUGCAUUCUAUAACAGUACCAUUGUUCCUUGCCCAGUUUGCAGCUGUAAUUGCCAAGGACUACCAGGAGCACAUUGUGUCAAUUCUGAUAAGACUUCAGUGUUACAAAUGCCACAAGCAAAUGAACCACCAAAACCAGUUAUCAGGUGUUCACAUCACAUGUGCCCUAUUCGUGUUCAUUGGCAUGUGAAACAAAGUUAUAAAGAGUAUUGGCGGGUCAAGAUCACAAUCACAAAUCUAAACUUUGUCAAAAACUAUUCUCAGUGGAAUUUGGUUGUCUUGCACCCCAACUUGCGAAGCUUAACCCAAGUUUUCAGUUUCAACUACCAGGCCCUCCCAAUUUAUGGAAAUCUCAAUGAUACAGGGAUGUUUUGGGGGCUACCGUACUACAAUGAUUUGUUGCUAACACAUGGGGAAAAUGGGAAUGUACAAACAGAGAUACUACUACACAAAGAUCAAGGAGAGUUUACCUUCAAAGAAGGAUGGACUUUUCCUAGAAAAAUAUCAUUCAAUGGUGAUGAAUGUGUCAUGCCAUCUCCUGAUGAUUAUCCAAGGCUUCCCAACACAGCUCAUAUUGCCACCAAAAGCUCUCUCAUACUUUUGUACUCAAUGUUACUAUUUGCAAUGUUGUUCUAACAAUUUAAGUGAAAAAUUAUCAUAGUUUAGCAUUUCGUAUAUUAUAUCAUUUCAUAACUA